ACGGCUUGUAUGGUUUUCGUGAGAUGCGUUUACUGAGUAAAGAAGAAAGUUGGCAUCUUCUUCGUGAGAAGGUGUUUGGCAAAGAAGGAUUGUGCUCUUACAAACUCGAGAAAGCUGGUAAGAAGAUUGCCGAGAAAUGUGAGGGACUUCCUCUUACAAUCGUGACAGUUGGCAAAGUCCUAUUGGAAGCUGAGAACAAGACUUGGGAGUACUGGAACGAGGUUGCGGAGAAGCAAAACUCUGUUUUCGUGGAUGCGUAUGAACAAAUGUAUGAGGUACUAUUUCGAAGCUACGAAAACUUACCCCAACAUUUGAAAUUGUGCUUUUUGUAUAUGGGAGUUUUCUUGGAAAAACACGAGAUAAUCCGAUCAAAGCUAAUCGAUUUGUGGAUAGCUGACGGGAUUCUUGAAUCGUACUUUUACGGUAGCGAAUAUUUGGAGAAGCUUGUUUCGAGUAGUGUUGCUAUGGCUCUUAAACAAAGCUAUAACGGUCAGACGAAAACUUGUAGCCUCCAUUCUACCUUUUGGUACUUGUGUAACAAAGAAGCUGCGAAGAGCAAGUUUUUCUACGCCUUAAAUAGUAUUGACGAUGCUUUAGAAGAAGGUGGUAUAGAAAGUCAGCGCAGAUUGUGCGUUCGCAAUAACGUUUUAUUCGGCAUCAAAGAUGUGUACGACUUUGUGGGGUCCAUUUCUACGGUACGUUCUCUCCUAUGUACUGGUCUGUAUCAUCAAUUUCCGGUGCCAAUAUGUUUUGAUUUGAUAUUGCUAAGGGUACUCGAUGCUCUUACGAUCCGUUUCUAUGAGUUUCCAUUAGAAGUAGUGAAAUUAGUUCAACUAAGGUACCUUGCCCUCACUUCUAAUGGAGAACUUCAUUUUUCCAUAUCCAAGCUUUCGAGCCUUGAGUACUUGAUUGUACAUCGACAUUUGGAUAUUGUAAAAUCGGACAAGGAUUCGUCGUAUUUGCCUAAGGAGAUAUGGGAUAUGAAAGAAUUGAAGUAUCUUCACGUAAUGGGAAGUGACAUACCAAAUCCCUGGGAAAAAGAAUCUCUCUUACCAAACCUCGUAACACUCUUAGACGCAAGUCCUCAAAGUUGUACUAGAGCCGUUCUUGAAAGAAUGCCUCGUCUUAAGAAACUAGGAAUUCGAAUCGAAUCGGACGGACCCUUUAGCUUCUUCGAUCAUAUUUCACAUCUUCGUGAACUAAGAUCACUCAAAUGUGUAGUUGCAAAUCCCUUUCUAGAAUCGAAUCGGACGAGUCUUUUAGCUCCCCUUUCGAUCUUUUCAUCGUGUCUUAAAAAGUUAUCGAUGAGUGGCUUUGGAUAUUCUUGGGAAGAGAUGAAGACGAUUGGUUUGCUGCCGAAUCUUGAAGUGUUGAAAUUGAGAUGCUACGCCUUUCGAGGGGUAAAAUGGGAAACUCGCAAAGACGGAUUUGCGAAGCUUAAAUUUCUUUCGAUUGAAGACACUGAUCUGGUGCAGUGGACCGUCGAACGUGGGAGUUUACCGUUGCUGCAGUUCUUGAGCAUUAAGCACUGCUACAAACUGAAAGAGAUCCCUCGGGUAAUUUUAUCAACUCUUAGAAAGAUUGAAUUAGUUGAUUGCAGCAGUUUGGUUGUGAGGUGUGCAAAGGGAAUAACAGAGGAGCUUCUGGAGAAAAGAUAUGACCUUCUUGAAAUUAAUGUCCUUUCUUCAUGGGAUGAUGUAAAGGUGUAAGUUGUAACCAAGAAUGAAGUUGUUCACUGCAGCAACUUAGUUUUUUUUUUUUUUUUUCUUUCUUUCUUUUUUGGUGUUUGUUUUUAUGUCUUGGCCUAAAUACAUUUUUUUCUUAAUGGUUGGAUUGAUAUGAUGUAUUUAAGUAAUUAUGGUUGAUGUUCAUUGC